AUGUCAGAACGAAAGGUCGUCUCAAAAUAUUACCCACCAGGCUUCGACCCAAGCAAACUCACCCGUCAGCGAAAGAACCCAAGCAGCGUGUCAAAUCUCGAAAGUGUCCGUCUUUCGAGUCCCUUCUCUAUGCGCUGCAAUAGGUGUGGCGAGUUCAUCUAUAAAGGUCGCAAAUUCAACGCAUGCAAGCAGAUGAGUGGCGAACACUACCUCAAUAUACCUAUUGUUCGCUUGUUUAUGCGGUGUACGGCUUGCUCAUCUGAGAUUGCAUUCGACACGGAUUUCAAGAAUAAGGAUUAUAAAGAUAUCAAAGGCGCAAGACGUAACUUCGAGCCGUGGCGCAAUGUCGAGCAUACGCAAGAGACAGAGGACGAAGAGAAACAAGAUGCUCUGAACAACAUUGAAGUCAAGGCAACAAGCGCAAAGACAGAGAUGGAUAUAGCCGAUGCUCUAGACGAAAUCAUGGUACAGAACGCACGACGCGAGAUCAGGGUACGAAAUAAUACAGCAAGAAACACUCAAGCGGCCCUCGACGACGAAAUCCAAGAUGAAGAAGCUACAAGGAAAGCUUUUGACAAUGAUGCCAGGGAAGUCGUGCGACGGAUUCCUGGCGAGGUACUUGGCGCCGAAGAACAUGGAAAAGGCUCAGCGGGUCCUAAUCCGAGUUUUCAACGGGUCAAGGAAAGAUAG